AAUUCAUAUUUCCACUUCAUAUCCCUUAGUUCGUUAGAGCUAACUUCUUGAAAUGACGAUACUACCCUCCAAAACUUUCUACAUAAUACUAAAUUCAAGGUCAAUAGUGUCAAAUAACUGAAUUGCAAUUCUGUUACAGUUGAACACAAACGGUUUUUAAUUUUCUUUUUUCCCAAAAUACCCCUCCCCUGUUCCGAGAAAUCUUUCAAUUAUAUAUACAUGAAGUGAUAUCAGUUUCCAUUAUAGCAAGCUCAUAAUUUCUCUCUCUAUAAUUUUACUCUUUCUCUCUCUAGAAUUAGCUGUAUACUCAGUUCGGUUCGACCUGCUUGUUGCUGCUUCGUCAGCAACUUGCAGAAAAUCGGCCGCGUAUACGAAAAUGCACAGAGAAAUCUCAACCGCCGCCGGCCACGGUGGCGCGUUCAGCUAUGACAACGAACUCAGCCAGCCUACCGCCUUCGAUCUAUCUUCACUUUACUCGUCAAUGUUGCUCCAUCCUACCGGACUUUUACUCGAUGACAGUCAAAACUCAACGGAGACUACAGUGACGCCAGUACUAACACCACGGUUUCGUCAAAGUCAGAGCUCUAAUCAAUUGCUUAUUGAUCAGCAUUAUCAACAAGAUCUAAUGGACCGUCAUAACAGAGUGUUAUCUCAGUUACUUGAAACAGAGAAGAAAACUCUAGCUCUUCGUCAAGAGAAUAUCAAUUUGAAAAUGGCGAAUUUCAAUUUGAACAAUAGACUUUCCUCGCUGUUGAGUGAUUAUGGACCUUCAUCUGGUUUGGGCCUGGAUAAUGGGCUGCUGAGAGACUAUGGGCCUUCAUCAGGUUUGGGCCUGAAUAAUGGGCUGAGGAGGAUGCAUGUUGGUCUUGAAGAGGAGAUGUCCAGUGAUGGGCAUUCAUGGGAAGACGUAGUUGCGGAUCGUCAUCUGAGCCCAACAAGCGUGAUGGAUUCGGGUCGGGUAGAAGGCGUGGAUCGGAUACUAUUGCCCAAGAGUAUAUCAGUACGUUCUAGUGGUUACUUGAAAACAAUUCAUGCAGCUGGUGGAAGUAGUAAGCAGCAGAAUCGAGCCAAAGCAUCAUCAGUCAACACAGCGCAAAGGGUAUAUGUGAAAGGAGGAAAUGAGAAGGAAGAGCAACCACUUGAAUUAGAUGUGUACAAUCAAGGCAUGUUCAAGACUGAACUCUGCAACAAAUGGCAAGAAACAGCAGCAUGCCCCUAUGGAGACAACUGCCAAUUUGCUCAUGGCAUUGAGGAACUUCGUCCUGUCCUACGCCACCCACGCUACAAGACUGAGGUAUGCCGUAUGGUCCUUAAUGGUGAUCCUUGUCCUUACGGCCAUCGCUGCCAUUUCCGCCACACACUCACUGACCAAGAGAAACUCAUGAGAUCACUCAACACUACAAGUUCUCUGUCUCUCAAGCCUUAAUUUGACACACACUUUAAAAUGAUAAUAACUUGAUGAUAAAUUGAAAGAUCUGUUUAUAACUAAGUAAAAUAAUUGGAACACCUGUGAAAAAGAGUGACUGCAAAUUGAGAAUUAAAUUGACUUUUUAAGUAAAAGAAUAAUUGCAUCACAAGUGCUCAAGAGGAGGAUGUCUGAGAUAAAGAGAGUGGCUUGAUUGCAUGGAAGGUGGUGAAAUGGUUAAGGGCUCAUUAUGUUCUUGUAAUUCUGUUUACGUUAAUGUGGUACAUUUGUUGAUACGUUAUGAUACUUCUGUCGAAAUGUUUGUUUUGUUUUGUCUCUUCCAAAGCUAGUUAAAGACUCCUUUAGUGAUGAUUAAUUCCUCCAACCAUAUGUCUUUGAUUGUAAUUCAAAUGUUUAAUACAGACUCCACUGGAA